AUGAAGCUGGAGGUGUUCUCGCAGCAUUACGAGGACAAGCUGAGCUCCGGCAGCGACCAGGAAGGCAGCGGCUCCCUCUCCCCGGCGCCGGCAGACAGCGAGCUGGGCUCCGACGGCGACUGCGCCGCCAACAGCCCCGGCGGCGGGUCCGGGAGGACGGGGCGCCCCCCGCAGCAGCCCCCCGCGGCCCCUCAGCAGCCUCCGCCGCCGCCACCCCCGCCGCCGCCGCCCGAGAGCGCCAAGGGGAAGCCCUACACGCGGCGCCCCAAGCCGCCCUACUCCUACAUCGCGCUGAUCGCCAUGGCCAUCCGGGACUCCGCCGGGGGCCGCCUGACCCUAGCCGAGAUCAACGACUACCUGAUGAGCCGCUUCCCCUUCUUCCGCGGCGCCUACACGGGCUGGCGCAACUCGGUGCGCCACAACCUCUCGCUCAACGACUGCUUCGUCAAGGUGCUGCGCGAUCCGGCGCGGCCCUGGGGCAAGGACAACUACUGGAUGCUCAACCCCAGCAGCGAGUACACCUUCGCCGACGGCGUCUUCCGACGGCGCCGCAAGCGCCUGAGCCGCGCCGCCCCGCCGCCCGCCCGCCCCGUCGCCGCCCCGCCGCCACCGCCGCCGCCGCCGCCACCGGGGGAGGCGACCGGAGCGGGCUCCGCGUCCCCCGCUGCAACUGCGCGCCGGGCCCCCGGCGCUAAGAAGGAGGCGGCGACAGCGGGCGGCGCCGCCAAGUUCUCCAGCUCCUUCGCCAUCGAGAGCCUCCUCCGGAGGCCGCCGGGGCCCCGCGCCCCCCCGCAGCCUCCCCCGCAGCCCCACGGCCGCCUCGUGUGGCCGGCGCCCCCCGCGCCCCCGCCGCACCUGCUGGCCGGUCCCUACCCGCUGCUGCCCUACCCGGGGGCCGCGCAGCCCCCCCCCGCCGCCCUCUACGGGGGGGGUCUCCUGCAGCUCUGCGCCUACGGGCUGCCCGAGCCGCCGCCGCUGCUGCUGCACGGCGGGCGGCAGGCGCUGCCCCGCGGGGAGCCGUCGGGGGAGCGGCCGCCGGAGCCGCUCUUCCCCGCCGGCCUCCACAAAGGGGGCCGGGGGGGACCGCAGCCGGGGUCCCCGCUGUACGCCCCCCUCCGGGUGCAGCCGGCAGCCGGGGGCUCGGCCGCCUUCCAACCGUACGCCGUGGAGACCCCCCUGGCUUAA